AUGGCACGAUCUACCUCUCUGGCAAUCACGACCUCGCCUUCGUCGGCGCCCUUCCGACGGCUCCCCCUUUGCUGCCACCUGGAGCAGGAGCGGUGGUUCGAGGGGGAGGGGUACGAGGCGAUGCACGUUCAAGGCAGGCGAUGGAGCGGCGACAUAGGCGGCCGAUUUAACCCUAAGAAAGGCAUGGCGUUUGAGGGUUCCAUCUUCAACGCCGGGCCGAUUUUUGAGUCCUAUGGCGUAGCUCACGAUGAUGUUCCAAUUAACAGUCCCAACGGGAGGAUUUCAUGCAAAUUGAUAGCAGUUGAUGCUGGAUUACCGAAAACCAAACUUGUGGAAGAACAGCUCAAGCUUUUCAAGCCUCCCAACGGCUGCAAGAAUGUAUCCAUUUUGAGGGCUGUUUUUGGACAGAUUUGUGAAACUAAAAAGCUGAAUAAAAAAGUUCGAAUGAUUGUGAGCAUGAAGCAUGCAGCUGUGAUGCUUGAACAAGCAUCCUACUGCUAUUUGCUUUCCAUCCCACCAAUGUUACGCAAGUAUGGUUUUCAUCUUGUUUUGUCUGGAAACUGA